ACAGUGGAAGUAAGUCUUUCCGCCAUACAGGUCUUCAGACGCAGCCUCGUCCACCCAAUGAGAGGAGGCCACGUAAUGAUCCUCGCUGCUUCGUUUCUCCUUCUCCUGACACCGGCAGCUCAUGGCGGCGGAGGAGGCGGCGGUUUCACCCAAGGACAAGAUAGACUCUCUGGAAUUAUAAUCCCAGGCUUCGCGUCCACUCAACUAAGAGCGUGGUCAAUUUUAGACUGUCCUUACUCUCCUCUCGAUUUCAAUCCCCUCGAUUUAGUCUGGCUCGACACGACCAAACUUCUAUCUGCCGUAAAUUGCUGGUUGAAGUGUAUGUUGCUAGAUCCUUACAACCAAACAGAUCAUCCUGAUUGCAAAUCACGGCCUGAUAGUGGUCUUUCUGCUAUUACAGAGCUUGAUCCAGGCUACAUAACAGGUCCUCUUUCCUCAGUGUGGAAAGAAUGGGUUAAGUGGUGCAUUGAGUUUGGUAUUGAGGCUAAUGCUAUAAUUGCGGUUCCAUAUGACUGGAGGCUGCCACCAUCCAAGCUUGAGGAGCGGGAUCUUUAUUUUCACAAACUGAAGCUUACUUUUGAAACAGCUCUUAAGCUUCGUGGUGGCCCGUCAAUAGUUUUUGCUCACUCAUUGGGCAACAAUGUAUUCAGAUACUUCUUGGAGUGGUUGAAAUUAGAAAUUGCCCCAAAACUGUAUAUGAAAUGGCUGGAUGAACACAUUCAUGCCUACUUUGCUGUUGGAGCUCCUCUUCUUGGAGCAACUGAGACUGUUAAAGCAACAUUAUCAGGAUUUACAUUUGGUCUUCCUGUUUCCGAGGGGACAGCUCGGUUGAUGUUCAACUCAUUCGGCUCUUCAGUAUGGAUGAUGCCAUUCUCAAAACAUUGUAGAACAGACAACGGAUACUUAAAGCAUUUCUCUGUGAGGAGCAAAAAGGGACAUGCUGCUCAACUUUGCGAUGAUCAUGAGUUUCAAGCUAACUACUCUGGAUGGCCAACAAACAUAGUCAAUAUUGAAAUUCCUUCAACUCGAGGAGAUGAGGCUUAUCCUUCAAUCAUAGGAACAGCACAGGUCAAUAUGUCUGACAUGGAAUAUGGAUUUCCAACUCAGUUAUCCUUUUCUGCUCGUGAAGUUUCUGAUGGAACCUUUGUCAGAGCUAUAGCUGAUUAUGAUCCUGACAGUCAGAGACUUUUGUAUCAAUUGGAAGAGUCAUAUCACAGAGAUCCAGUUCUAAAUCCUUUAACACCAUGGGAUAGGCCUCCUCUAAAGAAUAUCUUUUGCAUUUAUGGAGUAGAUUUAAAAACUGAGGUUGGUUACUAUUUUGCACCAAGUGGAAAGCCUUAUCCUGAUAACUGGAUAAUAACUGAUGUAAUAUACGAGCUAGAAGGAUCUUUAUAUUCGAGGUCGGGGAAUCUGGUUGAAGGAAACCCUGGUGCUACAAGUGGGGAUGAGACGGUACCGUAUCAUUCCCUCUCUUGGUGCAAGAACUGGCUGGGAUCAAAAGUGAACAUUACAAGGGCUCCUCAGUCAGAACAUGAUGGUUCAGAUGUCCAAGUGCAGUUAAAUGUUGAACAUCAGCCUGAAAUGGAUGUAAUUCCCAACAUGACAAGAUCUCCUAGAGUGAAGUACAUAACCUAUUAUGAAGACUCUGAAAGUCUGCCAGGAAAGAGAACAGCAGUUUGGGAGCUUGAUAAAGCCAACCAUAGGAAUAUUGUUAGAUCUUCAGUGUUAAUGCGGGAGCUGUGGCUUGAGAUGUGGCAUGAUAUUCACCCUGACAAGAAGUCAAAAUUUGUCACAAAAGCUACUCGCGGACCUCUGAGGGAUGAGGACUGCUAUUGGGAUUAUGGAAAAGCUCGAUGUGCAUGGCCAGAGCAUUGUGAAUACAGGUACCUUUUCGGAGACGUUCAUCUAGGGCAGAGCUGCAGGCUAAAGAAUUCUUCAGCUGAUCUAUUGUUGCAUUAUGUGUGAAGUACAAGAUAUGUGUUCCAAGGUGUGCCACGUGAAUAUGUAAUUGGACAUACACUCUUACCAGAUUCUGGAGAAGUGUCUUCACACAUCAAACUUCAAGCUAUGACGAGGACCUCCCUGUUGAAAAACAUAAGGAGCACUCGCACAGAAUUUUGCCACAUGUUCACAGUUGAACACGAAAACUUGAAUCAAGAUCGCUUAAUCAAAUACACGGUAGGGUCCUUGAAAUUGACCAGGCAACCAAUUUUGUAGCGUCCAAUGUACCAUUCAUGUUUCAGAAUGCUGUUAUCGUAUUAGUACGUCGAUUAUUUGACUGUUAAAUAGCAUGGAACAGAAAAUGUUGCCGUUCUUGAUACUUUCAUGUGGUUACACUGAAAUCCAAGUUUUACAUUCCUACUGCACCCAGCGUCACCACGUGUUUGGACUGUACAUUCUGAACCAAGUUCAGCCUAACAUGUGGGCUCCAAGUUAAUGGAACUGGCCGGGUUAAGCCCAACGCAGCUGGUUAGCCGUCUGAGUACCUUGUAUGUCUGUAGUUGGCCUGCCAAAAUGUUGCUAAAGCCCAAACCUGUGUGCACUCUUCUGUGUUCUAUACGUUGUCAUCCUUUUAUCUUUAGGUU